AUCCCCAGGGUCACAUAACCCACUGUCACUACUCCCAACAAACAAACCCGAACCAAAAUCAUGCUUCUCCGAACCGUCGCUACUUCUGCUUCUGGUUCUGCUUCGUCCCUAUCUCUCUUCAGCCCGAACGCCGAACCUUCGCGUUCGCUUUCCGUUCGCGCGAAAAACGCUCGUGGAUUGGUGGUUUUCGCCGCCAAAGGAUCCACGAACCACCGUGCCUUAACCGGCGUUAUUUUCGAACCGUUCGAGGAGGUGAAGAAAGAACUCGAUCUCGUUCCCACCGUUCCACAAGCCUCUCUCGCACGCCAGAAAUUCGUUGACGAAUCUGAAGCUGCCGUUAACGAACAAAUCAAUGUGGAGUAUAAUGUCUCGUAUGUUUAUCAUGCUCUGUUUGCGUACUUCGAUAGAGACAACGUUGCGCUGAGAGGUCUUGCUAAGUUUUUCAAGGAAUCGAGUGAAGAGGAAAGAGAGCAUGCUGAGAAAUUCAUGGAGUAUCAGAAUAAACGUGGUGGAAAAGUGAAGCUGCAGUCAAUUGUGAUGCCGCUUUCUGAGUUUGAUCAUGCAGAGAAGGGAGAUGCGCUGCAUGCAAUGGAACUCGCUCUCUCAUUAGAGAAGCUAACGAACGAAAAGCUCCUUAACUUGCACAGUGUUGCCAACAAGAACGGUGACGUGCAGUUGGCAGACUUUGUGGAAAGUGAGUUCCUGGGUGAACAGGUGGAAGCUAUCAAAAGAUUAUCCGAGUAUGUUGCUCAGCUCAGGAGAGUUGGCAAAGGACAUGGUGUGUGGCACUUUGAUCAGAUGCUGCUUCACGAGGGACAUGCAGCUUGAUGAUUAUAUUUUAGCCUUUCUAGUCUCGUGUAUCUUGCUUAUAUCUAAGGUGACUUUCAUGUCUUUUGCUGGAAGGUGGAACUGAACUUUGGAUCAAUAAAAAUAAACAUGGACUUGGUUCUGGUCA